CGGACGUUCCUGCUCGAUGGCUUCAAGCCCAGCCAAGUAUGAAGCAUGAGGUGGUGGCGUCCGUUGAAGGCGUAUUACGGAGGGGCCCAUCGUAUGAAGCACAGUUGGUACAUUGUGGAUAUGUAUGUUACUGUAUGCCCAGCAACCACACAGAGUGGACAACGCGUGCACGAUUCGAAGCCGACACGAUACCUUCAAAAGUCGGAAUCAAGAAGUAGUCCAAUUUGAACUCUUGGAGCUGGCUAUACUUACCAUCUGCUUCUAUGAUUUGCAAGCCCAAGAAUACCGUCAUGGGCUGUUUUGGUCUGAAGAAAGAAGUGUCGGACGAGGGGCAGGAGGAGCAGGAAUGUCCAGGAGAAAUACUGGACUUUGACGAGAUCUUGGAUGAAAUUGGUCCACGAGGGAUCUUCCAGAUCCGAACCACCAUCAUUUUAUGGUUCUGUUGUGCAACCUUGAAUAUGACAGUGUUAUCGUUUGUCUUUGUGGCUUUCACCCCCAGAUACCGUUGCCCAAUGACAACUUGUGGCGAGUCCGCCGCAACAUCGUCAUUUUACGCAGAUUCAAUGGCUCAAGCCUAUCCUGGAUUCCUCACUCAAGCAUUUGGAUCAAAUGUUCUUGCCAAAAUUAGACAUUGCCAACAAUACCAAUAUCCUGAUCAAGAUUCCCUCACGUGUGAAGAAUACGUGCAAAGACUGGCCACUGACUUUGACCAAGCCAAUGUCUCGUCAUGCUCGUCUAGCGACUUAAUCGUAGAUGACAGUUACGUCAAAUCCUCCAUGGUAAUCGACUACGACUUCACAUGUGGUCAGGCGUUUCUCAAGAACGUGAUCAACUCUCUCUACUUGGUUGGCAUGCUCGUUGGUUCCUUUAUAAUAGGAAGCUUGUCGGAUCGAUUUGGCCGACUAAAGGGCCUUUUGAUAUCGGUUUUCCUUGUAUCCGUGGCAGGAUCCCUGUGCGCCUUGAAGCCGCCUUUGAUAGUUCUUGGAAUUUUGCGCGUGCUUUGUGGCAUGGGUGGAGUGGGUUCCUUUAUUUGUGGAUACGUGAUCGUCGUGGAGUUGGUCACCCCGCGGUAUUCAAUCCAGAUGAAUAUGCUCAUCUCCAUCGGAUUCGCAAUCGGGUCCAUAAUCGUUACAACUCUGUCGUUCUUGAUUCGUGAAUGGCAAUACCUCCAGUUGGCAAUCCAUGCACCAUUGAUAAUACUCAUGAGUUAUGGUUUCUUGGUGCCCGAGUCACCUCGAUGGUUAAUAUCCAAAGGCCGACAUCGCGAGGCCAAGAGGAUCAUUGCUCAAAUUGCCAAGGUCAAUGGUAGACCGGAGCCCACACAUCUGUACAACAAAACCAAUACCGUUCAUACUUACCACGAAAUUCGAUCAGUCGAGGAGAUUGAGAAGGUUUCUUUGUGGGAGGUGCUCAACCAUCGCCCUCUUCUCCUCCGGACUUUGGUCAUGAUGGUCAAUUGGUUCAGCGUUACCAUGUCCUUUUACGGGAUCAUUUUCACUCUCACAUCAUUGGCGGGUGACCCUUAUUUGAAUUUCUUCCUCGGUAUCUUGACCGAGCUUCCCGGGAUCUUUCUCGUUUACUUCAGUGUCCGUUUCGUGGGUCGCAGAAUUAACAUGAGCUUUCUCAUGACCUUUGGUGGAGUUUCAUGUAUUAUAGCCGGAAUAAGCAUGGGUAGUAACUUUCAUUUGAGCCAGAGGAUCUUCGCCUUCAUUGCUAAAUUAUGUGCAGCAGCCAUCUUCAACUCUAUCUUUCUGUACACCACCGAGCUGUACCCCACCAAUAUCCGGAACUCGGCUUUGGGGAGCUGCUCGACUAUUGGACGAAUUGGAGGUGUUUCGGCCCUUCUUCUUGGGGGUCUCAGUCAAAUCUGGGUGCCAUUGCCUUUGAUCGUUUACGGAUGUAUUGGAAUAGUUGCCGGCUUUGGCACCUUGUUCCUACCUGAAACUAGUGGAACCCCCUUGCCAGAAACUAUAGAAGAGGCCCUGCAAGUGGGCAAGAAUUCGAAUUUCAAACCGUUCCGAUGCAAUGCUAGUAAAGCCUAGAAAAACCAUAAUGCAAUCAAAUACAUAUCCUUUACAUUGUAGAUAAAGCGCUCAUAAACUCGUCCUCUUUA